AUGAUCCUGAAGAGGCGCUUCGACGAGUUGCUGGCGGGUAUCCCCGGCGAUGAGGCGCGGGCGCAGAGCGAGUUUGCCUUUGCACAGCGACCGCCGCCCAAGGCGCAAAAGAGCUUCCAAUUUGCCCCGCGGAGGCGCGAGGGGGGCGGCCAGUGUCAAGACUUCCUCAGCUCACCGUGGACAUCGCCUGCCGAUGGACCUACGCUUCAGGCUCGGGCGCCGCUAGCGCCGACAAGUCUUCCAGCUGGUCGACAGCAAGGCUCGCUACGUGUCACUCCGGGCGACGAGCGAGCAAAGGGCCAGGCUCCCCAUCUGACCGUUAGGCUGGCCGACAGAGACCGACUCCAGCGUGAGCUGACACCUCCGCUUUCGUCCGGCGACACGAGGGCGUCUGGGCGGGCAGACGAUGCUCCUAUCGCGGGCGCGGCAGCCGUCGGUGCCAGGUCGCUUACGGUCGACGUCCCAGUUGCUCGCCAGGAUCGCCAAGGCGUCGGCUCAACAGCUCCAGCUGUCGACUUUCGAUUUUCGAGGACGCAGAUGACCCCGGCUCCGGCGUUUACCUUUGAUCUGCGCCGCGAACGAGCGCUGCCCGAGCCAUGCCGACCUUCGAUCCCGGCCGCCAGUCCCGGACCCGGGCGCGAAGACAGUCUGGGGAUGGGGAAGGGCACGGCGCGGAAGGACAUGGCGAAGUCCCCAACGGCCACCCUGAUGUCGGCUCAGCGAGUGCCUGGCCAGGGGAAGGCUGUCCGCGCCCAGCACGUCCCGCAUGCCUCGCUCGCGGUUCCCGAGCAGCCUGAAGUCGACCCUUCUCCGACCGUGCGUGCCGCCGAAGGGCCGAUGCUGGACGACGCCAGGUCGUACGGAGAGAGAACUGGGACCUGCGCCAGCGCCAGCGCCCUCGACGAAGACGCCGGCCACGGGCACGACACCAGGGCAACCUCGUCGGCAUACAAGACCGAGAGCCUCGCCGACCUCGAGGCCGGCUAUCCCGACUCGCUCAUCAACGGCCGAGAUCCCUCGGAGCGCGGAGAACACCAUUCGAGGGACGGUGGCGCCACAGAGAAGCAGCUCGAAGCUCUCAACACGAUGCAGGAGAUAAUCGUCAAGCUUCGUCAAAAAGACGCCGAGCUGGAGCAGCUGAAGGCUCAUAACGUCGCUCUGGCCAAGUCCGAUGCGGCCCGGUCGAAGAAGCUGCGAUCGCUGAAAGCGAGGGCUGAGGCGGCCGCCAAGCGAGCCGACGACAUAAUGACGGACUGGAGAGAGCAUCGCGAGCGCUACACUUCAGCUCUGGCUGUGGCUCGUCAGGAGCAGGUGGAGAUCUCUGCACUGCGCAAAGAGAUUCGCUCCUGCCUCGAAGGCGCUAGCAUGCAGGGACAUCUUCCGGACGUGGUCCAGCACAUCAGGGAUGAGCUGACGACAUGCGCCAAAGUCUCAAACGAGCAGACCAGAGCAGCGGUAGAGUCGGCCGAUCUGCAAAGGCAACGGGCCGAGCAGGCCCUCUUUGACCUCGCCGGGGAGAGGGACAGGUGCAAGGAGCUCAGGCAGGACUGGAAGGCGGCGAGUGAAUCGUUGGCCGGAAAGGUUGCACUCAUCGCCGAGCUGGAAGGACAGCGCAGCGACGCCAAGGCGACGCAACUCAGAGAUGCAGAAGAGCUGCGAUCCGCCAAGGAGCGGGUCAAUUCGCUCAGCACCGAGCUGCACCAGGCCAGGCAGGCCCUCACCGAGGCCAAGGCGGCGGCCAGCGAAACGCAGCUGGCGAUCACAGCAGCAGAGCAGCGAGCCGCCGAGCUCCAACACGGUCUCGAUCUGUCGGAAGCUCGCGAACGGGCGAGCCAGGAAGCCCACGCGAGGAUAUACCAGGAGCUCGACGAGGCUCGAUCCAUCGUCGGUGCAAAGGAGGGCGAGCUCAACGAAUUGCGUCUCAAGCUCGGGGAGGCGGCCAGAUCAGAGCUCGAGAAGGAAAAGCUUCGCGGCGAACUCGAUCAGCUGCGGUCGAGCAACUCCGCUCUCAUCGCCGCGGCUGGAGAAGCGGCAGUCGACAAGGAGGCAUUCGCUGUCCUCCGCGCAGAGCUGGAGCAGGCCCGACAGAAAAUCGAACAGGUCGAGGAGGCAGCAAAGGUCGGAGAGAGAGCCAUCGAGGCCCAACAGACGCUGCUGCCUCGGUACUUCAGCAAGAGACUGACUGACGAGGAAAAUCGCAUGGUCCGAGCCAUCGCAAUGCAUUGGAAGGCAAAAUACGAGGAGCGGAUGCUCAAGAGAGCCGAGAUCAUCCAAGAGCUCGAGGCAAGCAAGCGGAAGCUCGAAGACGAGAACCAGAGUCUCAGAGAGGGCAUCGAGAGCAUCGUCCAGCAGCUCAACGAGCGGGAGGCCAAGCCGCAAGACGAGGACGAAGCUGCAGCGGCCACCGAGCAUGCCGCAAGCCACGCCCUUUAUCAGCCUGGCCGGAGACGCCGUGGCAUCCUCCUCGACAGCUAUAGCCCAGUCGGCUCGCCCGUGCCGGACUCUGACGGCUCAGGGCUCGGCGAAGCGGCUCCUGCCCCCCGCCAGGCAACGACCACUGACACCACGGACGCGACAAGGGAGGUCGGUGAAGGUACCGGGGACGGCAAUAGUGCUCGGCACGCCGAACUGAGCGAGGCUGACGCAGGCGGCGAGCAAGAGGUGCCAGAGCAUCGGCCGACCACCACCGUCAAUCAGUCCGGCGUGACUACGGGCGCUGCGGAUCAUGCUGCGCCAUCCAGCACCGACGCCCCAGACGCCCCGAGCCAGGAUCAGCAGGCGCAGUCGGCCAGACCGAGGGUGCGCAGGCGCGCCAAGAGAGCCGCCACGCGCCCGUCCGGACCGCAAGAGAACAGAGAUGGUGGAGACGGGGAGGCAGGCGGCUCGGGCUCAGCGGCAGGUCCGGUGCGACGCCGAUCGACCUCGGGCUAUGACCUGAGGCCCUUCCGCCGCUGA